AUGACCACCCCAUCGAGCAACAUUCUACCUGAAGAGCUUUCGACGGACCCCACGGCAGCCGCCACUGUGAACACAUUAGCAUCGACUCUUGCGGAGAGCUCCUUGAGUACCACGUCGAAUAAGCCUACAGUAACACCCGCAGCCGCCCCUCAGGCCACCGAGGCUCCAACCCCGUCAGCUGCAGAAGUCAAGCCGGCGUCUUCAGAUGCUCAACCACACGAGCAGGUCGUGACACCCUGGGACGUGCAAGGAGGUGUAUCCUCGGACGGCAAACAACAGGCGAUCAACUACGAUAAGUUGAUAGACCAGUUCGGGACUAAACGGAUCGAUCCGGCCAUGCUGGAGCGGUUCGAGAGACUUACGGGCAAGCGCCCCCAUGUCUUGCUGAGACGGGGAAUGUUCUUUUCGCAUAGAGAGUUUGAUAAGAUAUUGGACCGAUACGAGCAGGGAAAGCCCUUCUUCCUGUACACUGGUCGAGGGCCGAGUAGCGAUAGUAUGCAUCUUGGCCAUAUGAUCCCCUUUGUCUUCACGAAAUGGCUACAAGAGACUUUCAACGUUCCCCUGGUCGUCCAGCUCACAGACGACGAAAAGUUCCUCUUCAAACACGAACUCAAACCCGAACAGACCAGAAAGUUCGCUACCCAAAAUGCCCGCGAUAUCAUUGCUGUGGGGCUCGACCUUGAGAAGACAUUUAUUUUCAGCGAUUUUGAUUUCGUUGGGGGACCGUUCUAUCAGAAUGUGUCGAGGAUCUCUCGGCAGAUUACUUGCAGUCAAGCCAAGUCUACGUUCGGGUUUACAGACUCAGACAACAUCGGAAAGAUCCACUUCGCUGCCAUCCAAGCUGCUCCUUCGUUCUCGAACUCGUUCCCCAACAUCUUUGGAACAGUCUCCAACAUCCCCUCCCUGAUUCCCUGCGCAAUCGAUCAAGACCCAUACUUCCGCCUAACUCGCGACGUUGCCGUCAAGUUGAAAUACCCCAAACCGUCCCUGAUUCACUCCAUCUUCUUCCCCGCCCUCCAAGGACCGCAAACAAAGAUGAGCGCCAGUGAUCCGAAUAGCAGCAUAUUCAUGAGCGAUCCGCCGAACCAGAUAAAGAACAAGAUCAACAGACACGGGUUCUCUGGCGGGAAGGAGACGGAAGAAGAGCAUAGACGGCUAGGCGGUGAUACGGAGGUUGAUGUUGCAUAUCAAUAUCUAACAUUCUUCUUGGACGACGACGAGGAGCUGGCCAAAAUCGGGGAGGAGUACCGUGCUGGACGCAUGUUGACCGGCCAACUCAAGGCCAAGUGCAUCUCGGUGUUGCAAGCGUUUGUGAAGGAUUUCCAAGAGCGCAAGGCCAAAGUCACAGACGAAGAAAUUACAAGGUUCAUGGACCCAACUAGGAAAAUAGUUCCGGUCUUCGGGAAAAGUGAAGCAGCACCAGUAUCAACCCCUUCGGCAUAA